GUCCACACACGGAGCUGCAUCGUAUCGGGGGGAACCAUGAAAGAGAGAUAGGGCGCGUUUAGCAAAUACCCCAACGCUCAAGACAAAAACGAAAAGAAGGCGAUCGGUUACCGGUGAACAGCAUUUCUUCGUCUCCCUUCAGAUGCUGCUGUGAGAGUCGAGGCUGACACACGGAGCGGUCAUCAUGAACCAGAAUUUCGACCGAGCUCCCGGAGCGGGGAGAACCCACAGUCUUCCCGCGGACCCCGGCUUCGUGGCCACCGGGCCCCCGGGCGGCGACGGCCAGGGGGCGCCGCUCUUCAACCAGAGGGAGCCGCUGAGGCAGCCGCGCUCGUUGCCGCCGUUUUCCGAGAACAGCGGCGACGCGGCUGGCGAAGACUGUAAAAGACAAAGCAGACCUCAACAAAGUGCGAAUGCCAACAGCAUGUCUGCCUCCCGAGGAUGUCACGACGUGGACUCCUUGGUGAAGUCAUCAAAGCUUUCAGCAAGUGCUCCAGAGUUCGUCCCCUCUGGGAUUAGCCCGUAUGAAGACACCGCUAUUUAUGACGACAGCGACAGCUGUUACAGUGAAAUAAACUUGGAUGAAAUGGUCAAAGAAUUUCUUCAUCACCUGAACUCCUCACCAGGGACCUUUGAGUCGGACAUUGAAUACAUGACGGGCAUACUCAACUCCUGCGUCACGACUGACGAGUUGCUGCAGGAUCUGGUUGAACUGAUCUACAAAGAGUCCACUGCCAUUCCAAACUUCUCUUACACGGGUGCCAGACUCUGUAACUACCUGUCCAAGCAUCUCGCCGUCAGCCCACCAAGUGGCAACUUUCGCCAGCUGCUCCUGAAAAGGUGUCGAACAGAGUACGAAGAAAGGGAUGUAGCUGUUCGGGGAGACCCGGAGAGACAAAAGAAAUUCCACUGCUUUGUGCUCUUUCUGGGAGAGCUCUACCUGCACCUGGAGAUAAAGAGUGCAAAAGGACCUCCAAGCAGAGCACAGAUCCUCCUCACUGCUCUGAAAGACAUGAUGAUCAGUCUGUUCUCCAACCCGGUGGAUUCAAACCUCAUCUGCGCUGUCAAACUGCUCAAGCUUACAGGCUCCAUCCUGGAUGACACGUGGAAAGAGAGGGGGCAGUCGCACAUGGAAGAACUGAUACAAAGAAUAGAAACAAUAGUACUGGAUGCCACGUGCAGCAGGGAUGUUAGACAGAUGCUUCUGAAACUUGUGGAGCUGAGAUCCAGUGACUGGGGCAGAGUUCGAGCCGCUCCAGCAGCCAGCAACGCCACGCCAGACAACGACCCGAACUACUUCAUGAAUGAACCUACAUUCUACACAGAGGAUGGCACACCUUUUACAGCAGCAGACCCAGAGUAUGCUGAGAAGUAUCAAGAGAUCCUGGACCGGCAGGACUAUUUCGAUGAGUUUAGUGGAGAAAAUGGAAAUGAAGAAUCUGACUAUGAGGACGAGAUGGGGCCUGAGAUGGAAGAAGCGUUUGAGCAUUUUUGUUUAGAAUCCGAGAGGAAACGAAAAGAGACAUGAGAGCGAAAAUCUGUGACUCCUACUGUAUUUUUUCCGACUCAACUUGCUGGAAUGUUAUAAAGCAAAUGGCAGAAGUUCUGUUCCAACUUUUAUUUGACCGCAAACAAGCAUUUUAACAAAACGAGCUGUUCAUAGUUGCACUUCUGACACUUUUUUUCCGUCAGUGUUUAUUAGAAAACGGGGACAAUCGAUAGAAUGAUUGUUCAAAAUGGUAAAAGUGUGAUGGCUUUUUUAGACAUGAGAGAUUCUCUCUUUGUUGUUUUGAAUUCUUUCAUAAUAUUUUUUUUCUUUUGUGCCUGGACUAAUUCUGAUGAGGGAAAUUGUAUGUUGUGGAGUGGAAUUAAUUUUUUGGCAUUAAGGUACAGGCCAAAAAAGCUAUGUAAGAUGCACUGUAUGAUGGUUGAGGUGAGUGUUUUUAGAAUGUACCUACAUAAAGUGCAUAUACAUCCUUCAUCUCCACUGUCAUGACACUGCGUCUCAUUUCAGAUCGCCAAAUAUUUAACAUGUCAUUCAAAGAUGCUCACCUGUAAUCUGGCUGCAGACAAAACAACUUUUUAAAUUUUCUUUUGCGGGUUAAAGUCAACAUUUAUAAUCUUUAGAAAGCUGUGAAUCGAAAUCCAGUUCAUUUGCUCAAUUUAGCUUUAAAUAUUUACACGAGUUGAAGUUUGCAGCCGUCAGUUUGACAAACAGUAAAUCAGCAGCAUAAAGGUUUUAACUGUUGUCCUGGAAAGACUACAAGACUGUUUACCAGCAAUCCAUGGAACCCAUAAAAAGGAAUGUUGCUCUGUAGUUUGUAAAUAUUAUUUAUAGUAGUGUUUGCCUGCAAUAAAGUCUUUAUAAUGUGA